GGAGGUGAUCAUGCACCAUGGCACUGGCCCCCAGAACGUCCAGCAUCAGCUGCAGAGGCCCAGGGCCUGCCCUGGCAGCGAGGGUGAGGAGCAGUCGGCCCACCCCAACCCACCCCCGUCCCCCGCAGCUCCCUUCGCUCCCUCAGCGAGCCCGUCGGCACCCCAGUCUCCCAGUUACCAAAUACAGCAGCUGAUGAAUAGGAGCCCUGCAGCCGGGCAGAAUGUGAACAUCACCCUGCAGAGCGUGGGCCCUGUCGUCGGGGGAAACCAGCAGAUCACACUGGCCCCGCUGCCGCUCCCCAGCCCCACCUCUCCGGGCUUCCAGUUCAGUGCUCAGCCUCGGCGGUUCGAGCACGGGUCUCCAUCAUACAUUCAGGUCACGUCCCCACUGUCCCAGCAGGUCCAGACCCAGAGCCCCACGCAGCCCAGCCCCGGGCCGGGGCAGGCCCUGCAGAAUGUGCGUGCAGGGGCUCCUGGCCCUGGGCUGGGCCUCUGCAGCAGCAGCCCCACGGGGGGCUUCGUGGAUGCCAGCGUGCUGGUGAGGCAGAUCAGCUUGAGCCCAUCCAGUGGCGGACACUUUGUGUUUCAGGAUGGGUCAGGACUCACCCAGAUCGCCCAGGGAGCCCAGGUUCAGCUCCAGCACCCGGGUACGCCCAUCACAGUCCGAGAGCGGAGACCCUCCCAGCCCCACACACAGUCAGGGGGCACCAUCCACCACUUGGGACCCCAGAGCCCUGCAGCCGCGGGUGGGGCUGGCCUGCAGCCCCUGGCCAGCCCAAGCCACAUCACCACGGCUAACUUGCCACCACAGAUCAGCAGCAUCAUCCAGGGCCAGCUGGUCCAGCAGCAGCAGGUGCUGCAGGGGCCGCCGCUGUCCCGGCCCCUGGGCUUCGAGAGGACGCCCGGCGUGCUGCUCCCCGGGGCUGGGGGCGCAGCAGGGUUUGGGAUGACGUCCCUACCCCCGCCCACCAGCCCUUCCAGGACUGCCGUGCCCCCAGGCCUUUCCAGCCUCCCACUCACGUCUGUGGGGAACGCGGGAGUGAAGAAGGCUCCCAGGAAGUUAGAGGAGAUUCCCCCAGCCUCUCCGGAGAUGGCGCAGAUGAGGAAGCAGUGCCUGGACUAUCAUUACCAGGAGAUGCAGGCUCUGAAGGAGGUCUUCAAGGAGUAUUUGAUUGAACUGUUUUUCUUGCAACACUUUCAAGGGAACAUGAUGGAUUUCUUAGCUUUCAAGGAGAGACUUUAUGGCCCAUUACAAGCAUAUCUUAGGCAGAAUGAUUUGGACAUUGAAGAAGAGGAGGAGGAGGAGGAAGAGGAGGAAGAAAAAUCUGAGGUUAUCAAUGACGAGCAGCAAGCCCUCGCAGGGAGCCUGGUAGCAGGGGCCGGAAGCACAGUAGAGACGGACCUGUUUAAGAGGCAGCAGGCGAUGCCCUCCACGGGUAUGGCAGAGCAGUCUAAGAGGCCUCGCCUUGAAGUGGGUCACCAAGGGGUAGUUUUCCAGCACCCGGGGGCGGACGCAGGCGUUCCUCUCCAGCAGCUAAUGCCGACCGCACAAGGAGGAAUGCCCCCCACGCCGCAGGCCGCGCAGCUCACUGGACAGAGGCAGAGUCAGCAGCAGUAUGACCCCUCCACGGGGCCUCCCGUGCAGAACGCCGCCAGCUUGCACACCCCACUGCCGCAGCUGCCCGGGAGACUGCCCCCAGCCGGUGUUCCCACCGCAGCCCUCUCCUCUGCGCUGCAGUUUGCACAGCAGCCGCAAGCAGUGGAGGCCCAGACACAGCUCCAAAUCCCAGUGAAGACUCAGCAGCCCAAUGUUCCCAUCCCUGCACCCCCCAGCAGCCAACUCCCCAUCCCUCCCUCGCAGCCUGCACCGCUGGCCCUCCACGUUCCCACGCCUGGGAAGGUGCAGGUGCAGCCCUCUCAGCUUUCCUCCCUGCCACAGACGGUGGCAUCGACAAGGCUUCCUGUGGACCCUGCCCCGCCCUGCCCACGGCCUCUGCCCACCUCUUCUACCUCGUCCCUGGCACCCGUGAGUGGCUCCGGCCCAGGACCCUCACCUGCUCGGUCCUCGCCAAUAAAUAGACCCUCCUCAGCAACCAACAAGGCACUGUCUCCAGUCACUUCCCGGACCCCAGGGGUGGCGGCAUCUGCCCCCACCAAGCCACAGAGUCCUGCUCAGAAUGCCACCUCGUCCCAAGACAGUUCUCAGGAUACGCUGACAGAACAGAUAACGCUGGAGAACCAGGUGCAUCAGCGCGUCGCGGAGCUGAGGAAAGCAGGUCUGUGGUCCCAGAGGCGUCUGCCGAAGCUGCAGGAGGCCCCACGGCCCAAGGCCCACUGGGACUAUCUGCUGGAGGAGAUGCAGUGGAUGGCCACAGACUUUGCCCAGGAGAGGAGGUGGAAGGUGGCCGCUGCGAAGAAGCUCGUUAGAACUGUGGUGCGCCAUCAUGAGGAGAAGCAGCUCCGUGAAGAAAGGGGGAAGAAGGAAGAGCAGAGCAGACUGCGGCGGAUAGCCGCCGCCACGGCCCGCGAGAUAGAGUGCUUUUGGUCGAAUAUCGAACAGGUUGUGGAAAUAAAACUACAAGUAGAAUUAGAAGAAAAAAGGAAGAAAGCCUUAAAUUUACAGAAGGUUUCCAGGAGAGGGAAAGAAUUGAGACCUAAAGGAUUUGAUGCAUUCCAGGAAAGUUCUCUGGAUUCAGGAAUAUCUGGAAGAAAAAGAAAAGCUAGCAUAUCUUUGACUGAUGACGAAGUGGACGACGAAGAGGAAACAAUUGAAGAGGAGGAAGCAAACGAAGGCGUUGUGGACCACCAAACAGAACUUUCUAAUUUAGCCAAGGAAGCUGAGCUGCCCCUCCUGGACCUGAUGAAGCUGUACGAAGGCGCCUUCCUGCCGAGUUCUCAGUGGCCCCGGCCGAAGCCUGAUGGGGAGGACACAAGUGGAGAGGAAGAUGCGGAUGACUGUCCAGGCGACAGGGAGAGUCGCAAGGACUUGGUUCUCAUUGACUCACUUUUCAUCAUGGAUCAGUUCAAAGCUGCCGAGAGGAUGAAUGUCGGGAAGCCAAAUGCCAAGGACAUUGCGGACGUCACUGCGGUGGCUGAAGCCAUCCUGCCCAAGGGCAGUGCUCGGGUCACAACCUCGGUCAAGUUUAAUGCUCCGCCUCUAUUGUACGGGGCUCUCAGAGAUUAUCAGAAGAUUGGCCUGGACUGGCUGGCCAAGCUCUACAGGAAGAAUCUCAAUGGCAUAUUGGCAGAUGAAGCUGGACUGGGUAAAACAGUGCAGAUCAUUGCUUUUUUUGCCCACUUAGCUUGUAACGAAGGUAAUUGGGGCCCCCAUCUUGUUGUUGUGAGAAGUUGUAAUAUACUCAAGUGGGAGCUUGAAUUGAAACGUUGGUGUCCCGGGCUCAAAAUCCUCUCAUAUAUUGGCAGUCACAGAGAACUCAAAGCAAAGAGACAGGAGUGGGCCGAACCCAACAGCUUCCACGUCUGCAUCACGUCCUACACGCAGUUCUUCCGGGGCUUCACCGCCUUCACACGAGUGCGCUGGAAGUGUCUGGUCAUUGAUGAGAUGCAGCGUGUGAAAGGCAUGACCGAGAGGCACUGGGAAGCGGUUUUCACCCUGCAGAGCCAACAACGCCUGCUUCUGAUCGACUCGCCGCUGCACAACACCUUCCUGGAGCUCUGGACCAUGGUGCACUUCCUGGUCCCAGGGAUCUCCAGACCCUACCUGAGCUCCCCUCUGAGGGCCCCCAGUGAAGAGAGCCAGGAUUACUACCAUAAGGUGGUCAUAAGGUUACACAGGGUGACACAGCCAUUUAUUUUGAGGAGAACUAAGAGAGAUGUGGAAAAGCAACUGACAAAGAAAUACGAGCAUGUUUUGAAGUGUCGCCUUUCUAACCGACAAAAAGCCUUAUACGAAGACGUUAUCCUACAACCCGGCACUCAGGAGGCCUUGAAGAGCGGGCACUUUGUCAAUGUCCUCAGCAUCCUCGUGCGGCUGCAGCGCAUCUGCAAUCACCCUGGGCUCGUCGAGCCCCGGCACCCAGGCUCUUCCUAUGUGGCGGGGCCCCUGGAAUAUCCGUCCGCAUCUCUAAUCCUGAAGGCACUGGAGAGAGAUUUCUGGAGGGAAACAGAUCUUUCUAUGUUUGAUCUCAUCGGCUUAGAAAAUAAAAUCACUCGUCACGAGGCAGAAUUGCUGUCUAAGAAGAAGAUACCCCGGAAACUCAUGGAGGAAAUCUCCAUUUCAGCAGCCCCAGCAGCCCGACCAGCAGCAGCAAAGCUGAAGGCCAGCAGGUUGUUUCAGCCUGUGCAGUACGGCCAGAAGCCCGAGGGUCGCACCGUGGCUUUCCCCAGCACUCACCCGCCCCGGACGGCAGCCCCCACCACAGCCUCUGCUGCUCCACAGGGCCCGCUUCGAGGACGGCCGCCCAUCGCCACAUUCUCUGCCAAUCCGGAGGCAAAAGCAGCAGCAGCCCCGUUUCAGACCUCUCAGGCUUCCGCCAGUGCUCCACGACACCAGCCCGCCUCGGCCUCCAGCACAGCCGCUAGCCCGGCCCAUCCUGCGAAACUGCGGGCCCAGACCACAGCACAGGCCUCCACCCCAGGCCAGCCCCCGCCCCAGCCCCAGGCCCCCUCGCACGCGGCCGGGCAGAGCGCGCUGCCUCAGAGGCUGGUGCUCACCUCGCAGGCCCAGGCCCGCUUGCCUAGUGGCGAGGUAGUGAAAAUAGCUCAGCUGGCAUCCAUCGCAGGACCACAGAGCCGCGUGGCUCAGCCGGAGACGCCGGUGACACUGCAGUUCCAGGGCAGCAAGUUCACCCUGUCGCACAGCCAGCUCCGGCAGCUCACGGCGGGCCAGCCGCUGCAGCUGCAAGGCAGCGUCCUCCAGAUCGUGUCCGCCCCCGGGCAACCCUACCUUCGAGCCCCUGGCCCCGUGGUGAUGCAGACCGUGUCUCAGGCGGGCGCUGUGCACGGCGCCCUGGGAAGCAAGCCCCUGGCCGGCGGUCCCAGCCCUGCACCCUUGACCCCACAAGUUGGCGUUCCGGGCCGUGUGGCGGUGAAUGCCUUGGCUGUGGGAGAACCUGGAACGGCCUCCAAACCAGCUUCUCCCAUUGGAGGGCCAACCCAGGAGGAGAAGACCAGACUCUUGAAAGAGCGCCUGGAUCAGAUUUAUUUGGUCAACGAGCGGCGCUGUUCUCAAGCUCCAGUCUAUGGCAGAGACUUGCUAAGGAUUUGUGCCCUGCCUGGCCACGGAAGGGUACAGUGGCGUGGGUCCCUGGAUGGCCGUCGUGAGGAGGAGGCCGGGCCAGCACACAGUUACGCUUCAUCCUCAGAAAGUCCAAGUGAGCUGAUGUUGACGCUUUGUCAGUGUCGAGAGUCUCUGCAGGAUGUUAUUGACAGGGUUGCCUUCGUGAUUCCUCCGGUGGUGGCAGCACCCCCGUCCCUAUGGGUGCCGCGGCCGCCACCCCUGUACAGCCACAGAAUGAGGAUCUUCAGGGAGGGCCUGAGAGAGCACGCUGCACCUUACUUCCAGCAGCUGCGGCAGACGACGGCUCCGCGCCUGCUGCAGUUCCCUGAGCUGAGGCUGGUGCAGUUCGAUUCAGGGAAGCUGGAAGCUUUAGCUAUCUUGCUUCAGAAGUUGAAAUCUGAAGGACGUCGGGUGCUGAUUUUAUCACAGAUGAUUCUUAUGUUGGACAUUUUAGAGAUGUUCUUGAACUUCCAUUACCUCACCUAUGUAAGAAUCGAUGAAAAUGCCAGCAGUGAGCAACGGCAGCAUCUUAUGUCCUUUGUUUGCAGGCUUGUGAGUGGCAAUUCCAUUGAAGAGAAAUUGUUGAAAAAUGGAACUAAAGAUUUGAUCCGAGAAGUGGCUGCUCAGGGAAAUGACUACUCCAUGGCAUUCUUAACUCAGCGAACCAUCCAGGAGCUGUUUGAGGUUUAUUCUCCCAUGGAUGAUGCUGGCUUCCCGGUCAAAGCUGAGGAGUUUGUGGUGCUUUCUCAGGAACCUUCUGUCACGGAAACCAUUGCACCCAAAAUUGCAAGACCUUUCAUAGAGGCCCUCAAGAGUAUUGAGUAUCUGGAGGAGGAUGCUCAGAAGUCCGCAGAGGAGGGGGUGCUGGGACCACACACUGAUGCGCUGUCCUCAGACUCUGAGAACAUGCCAUGUGAUGAAGAACCGUCCCAAUUAGAGGAACUAGCUGACUUCAUGGAGCAGCUUACACCAAUUGAAAAAUACGCUUUAAAUUACCUGGAAUUAUUCCAUGCUUCCACUGAGCAAGAAAAAGCGAGAGAUAGUGAGGACGCAGUGAUGACUGCAGUGAGGGCAUGGGAGUUCUGGAACCUGAAGACCCUACAGGAGAGGGAGGCCCGGCUGCGGCUGGAGCAGGAGGAGGCGGAGCUCCUGACCUACACCCGAGAGGAUGCCUACAGCAUGGAGUAUGUCUACGAAGAUGUCGAUGGGCAGGCAGAAGUCAUGCCGCUCUGGACCCCGCCCACCCCGCCACAGGACGACAGUGACAUCUAUCUUGACUCGGUCAUGUGUCUCAUGUAUGAAGCCACUCCCAUCCCAGAGGCUAAGCUGCCCCCCGUGUAUGUGAGGAAGGAGCGGAAGCGACACAAAACAGACCCCUCAGCUGCAGGCAGGAAAAAGAAGCAGCGUCACGGGGAGGCAGUCGUCCCUCCUCGGUCCCUGUUUGACCGAGCGACACCAGGCCUCCUGAAAAUUCGCAGAGAGGGCAAGGAGCAGAAAAAGAAUAUUCUGCUGAAGCAGCAGGUGCCGUUCGCCAAGCCCCUGCCAACUUUUGCCAAACCCACAGCCGAGCCUGGUCAAGACAACCCCGAGUGGCUCAUCAGUGAGGACUGGGCGCUGCUGCAGGCUGUAAAGCAGUUACUGGAGCUGCCUUUGAACCUCACAAUCGUGUCACCUGCUCACACACCUAAUUGGGAUCUUGUCAGUGACGUCGUUAACUCCUGUAGCCGAAUCUACCGCUCUUCCAAACAGUGCCGGAAUCGCUACGAGAACGUCAUCAUUCCACGAGAGGAGGGGAAGGUAAGCGCGGUCUUGUUUGUCCUCCGAGGAGAACACAGGCAGGACCGCAUCCAGAGCCCCCACACCAGCAGCGUCUGCAUGCUCUGCUGUGCCCACGUUGCCAGUGUCCACACCCCUCAGGGGAUGUGCUGUCCCACUUCCAGGGCACUUGCCAUGCUGGUGUGUGGGGACCACUGCCUUUCAGUUCACCUCGUGGAGCCCAUCCAAACAGGAGCUGUGGGCAUGUCUUCUUGCAUGGGACAGGCGGGCAGCCAGCCGCCAGCAGGGCCACCAGCUGUCCAGUCUCAACCCCAGCCACAGCCCCAGACCCAGACGCAGCCUGUGCAGGCCACAGCGAAGGCGCAGCCCGCAAUCACGACGGGGGGCAGCGCGGCCGUGCUGGCAGGAACCAUUAAAACGUCAGUUACUGGGACAAGCAUACCCACUGGCACCGUGAGUGGAAAUGUGAUCGUGAACACCAUCGCUGGGGUCCCGGCUGCCACCUUCCAGUCCAUCAACAAGCGCCUGGCGUCACCAGUGGCUCCUGGAGCCUUGACUACGCCGGGAGGCUCUGCUCCUGCCCAGGUGGUGCACACCCAGCCCCCGCCACGGGCAGUCGGCUCCCCAGCCACAGCGACCCCUGACCUGGUGUCCAUGGCAACGACUCAGGGUGUUCGAGCAGUCACUUCUGUGACAGCCUCGGCCGUGGUCACUACCAGCCUGACCCCAGUGCAGACCCCGGCGCGGUCUUUGGUGCCCCAGGUGUCCCAAGCCACAGGAGUUCAGCUCCCUGGAAAAACCAUCACACCUGCACAUUUCCAGCUUCUCAGGCAUCAGCAACAGCAGCAGCAGCAGCAGCAGCAGCAACAGCAACAGCAGCAACAGCAGCAGCAGCAGCAACAGCAGCAGCAGCAGCAGCAGCAGCAGACGACGACGACUUCUCAGGUGCAAGUUCCGCAGAUCCAAGGCCAGGCCCAGUCUCCAGCACAGAUCAAAGCUGUGGGCAAGCUGACGCCGGAACACCUCAUCAAAAUGCAGAAGCAGAAACUGCAGAUGCCCCCGCAGCCCCCGCCGCCACAGGCCCAGUCUGCGCCCCCGCAGCCAACAGCCCAAGUGCAGGUGCAGGCCUCACAGCCCCCGCAGCAGCAGAGCCCCCAGCUCACCACGGUCACGGCCCCAAGGCCUGGAGCCCUGCUGACGGGCACCACCGUGGCCAACCUCCAGGUGGCCCGGCUUACCCGGGUUCCCACUUCUCAGCUGCAGGCGCAAGGGCAGAUGCAGACCCAGGCACCCCAGCCAGCCCAGGUGGCCUUGGCGAAGCCUCCAGUGGUGUCCGUCCCGGCAGCUGUGGUCUCCUCGCCGGGAGUCACCACCCUGCCCAUGAACGUCGCGGGGAUCAGCGUGGCGAUCGGUCAGCCACAGAAGGCAGCAGGACAGACCGUGGUGGCCCAGCCCGUGCACGUGCAGCAGCUGCUGAAGCUGAAGCAGCAGGCCGUCCAGCAGCAGAAGGCCAUCCAGCCGCAGGCUGCCCAGGGCCCGGCAGCUGUCCAGCAGAAGAUCACUGCACAGCAGAUCACCACCCCUGGCGCGCAGCAGAAGGUCGCCUACGCCGCACAGCCGGCCCUUAAGACCCAGUUUCUUACCACACCCAUCUCCCAGGCCCAGAAACUGGCCGGGGCCCAGCAAGUGCAGACCCAGAUCCAGGUUGCAAAACUUCCUCAAGUUGUUCAGCAGCAAACACCCGUGGCCAGCAUCCAGCAAGUUGCCUCUGCUUCCCAGCAGGCUUCUCCACAGACUGUGGCGCUCACGCAGGCGACAGCGGCCGGGCAACAGGUGCAGAUGAUCCCUGCAGUGACUGCGACUGCCCAGGUGGUUCAGCAGAAACUCAUUCAGCAGCAAGUGGUGACCACGGCAUCGGCCCCGCUCCAGACCCCAGGCACUCCCAACCCAGCCCAGGUGCCCACCAGUUCUGACAGCCCAAGCCAGCAGCCCAAGUUACAGAUGAGGGUCCCUGCUGUCAGGCUAAAGACACCCACUAAGCCUCCGUGCCAGUAGUCAGGGCAACAGGGCUGCCUCUCAUCUAAAGCAAAACUACCUUCCUCACAGAAAACGCUUUAUUUGUGAACCUCGGGACAAUGUCAUGCAAGAUAUUCAGCACUGGGAAAGAUAUAAUUGAAACAAAGUAGUGUAAUCAUUUUAUUAAAAUGCAUCCCGCACUGCAGGACAAAUGGUCCUUAUGGAGCACCCCCUUCUCUGUACUAUGUGACUCAUGGAAAAAGUGACAACGCGGUUUCUUCUAAAUCAUUUCGCCUUUCAGACCCCACCCGCACCGGUCCCCCAGAGCCUAGUCCUGUGUUCUGAAGGCCAUUUCGAAUUUCUUUGUGAGCGUGUAGUGCUUUGCGUGCCACAGAAGCCGUCUAGCGUGUGAGGAGCAUACGGUGGACUUUCUAAAGAUAAGACGUGCCAUGUGCCAGAGUUUAGUUCUUUAUACCUUACUGAAAAAUGCCUCAUGGUCUUCGUAGAGGAGAAGGCCUGUCUAAAGUAAAUCAUCCGAGAUUGGUUUUCCAUUCCAAAGAAAGCCAAUAUGGUUCUUUCCUUCCCUCCUAAAAUGUGACUUAACUUUUAAGAGAAAUGUCCUAACACCCACCUAAACACGCAAGGCACGUUCCUGGCUUGUGUUCAAGGGAAAUCAUCAGUCAUUGCACUGUUAUUCCAAAGAGCAGCCAACAGUGGCUUCCCCCAGGCCCACCCCGCAAUGGGAUUGGCUUUCGUUUAAUGGAAACUUCUGGGACUGAUGCCUAACUCAGUGCACUCAAGAUGCAUCUCCAGCUUUUGGAGGAAGCUGGUGUUUGAUGUAGUGUGUUAAACAGCUCCUGAGAACCUUUGGGACGCUCCGCCAUGGCUGGCGUGAGGCCCAGAGGACCACGCAGAGGCAACGUUAGUACAGAUGUCAUGGCUGAGGGGACGAUGGGCCCGGACUCAGGGAGCCAGGGCGAAUGUGACAGACACCCCUUGCUGCCACAGCCAGCCCUUUGACAAAGGCGGGCUCGUGAUUCUGGAAGUAUUGGCUAUAGUGGUGGGCCCAGUCAGCUCUUCCUUGUGGACUUGUGACAGCAGGUUUUCUCUCAGAUAAGCUUGUAUGGUUCUGCUGUUGUGGAAGAAAGGAAGCCCAGUAUUUGCUACUGGUUUUCGCUUUUUUACUAUGACGAGAAAAUAAAUGCAAUUUUAGUGGAAUUGACUGACUGACAAUGUGUCCUUCCUUUGAAGUUUUCACCAAAACAAAAGGGUCCAUAUCUAAUAAUAUCCUUUGUGCUCUGGCUUGAUUUUGGCCUAUUUUACAUUAUUUGGUCCAGGAAAUUAGGUUAUAUUAGGAUUUUUUGUAUACUAAAAAUCAGUUACGGCACCAUAAAGAUUUUCCAUUUUUACAUUGUAUUUCAUCUGCUUCCUCUCCAUUCUCUCACUUUAAGUGACAUUGAGGAAGGUAUUCUGUCCCGUAUGUUUCGGUGGACAGCGAUACGGCAGGAUUCAGUGAAAUCAACUGGGGAGCUCACUUUUGAGCUCUUGAUAAGAAAUUUGGAGAAAAGUAAAAAUCAAGCUUUGAUAAAACAGAAGAAAUUAAUCUUUUAGUUAGGUGAACAUAUGAAAGCAGAGGACUGGAAUCUGUUUCUUCUAACCAAACUCGUUCUCCCUGACUCGGCAUGUGCCGUGAGAGCGCAGCUUGCCGGAGGGAGGGCCGCUGUGUGGGCCUCGGAUCUGGCUCCCGGUGGAAAUGUUUACUCCUCCUCAUCCAGAAAUGUGCAGAACUGAAGUGUUUAGAAAUUCUGCCUUUGUCAUCUGUUUUAAUUUGCGUGCCCUGUUCGGUUUUUUUGUCUUUCCCAAAUCUUGCUGUUCUCUUUAUAGGUGAAGAUAAAAUGUUGAGUGCACUUACUUUAGAAUAUCCUAGCCAUAACUUAAGUAAAAGCGCUCUAUUCAUCUGAAACACUGCAAGAGAAUUUAGCAACAUCUCUCAAAAGCUUUUUUGGAGAGAUGAACGGGAUUCUGAAUAUUUGCAAUGUGGAGUUCCAGCCCCGAUCUCACGUCAGUGAGGGUCUCCUGUCGAGAUCUCAAGUGUGUUUCCUUUGGCUGUUCUCUAAUACAAAAUAUGGACAUAUUUUUACUCGUAGCACUCAAUUUAGUAACUUCUAGAUGCUACCGUUGACCUGAGUUAAUUUCACUUUGUCUUGUAAGUAAAAAUUCUCCUUUCAGUAUAUUAUUUUCUUGGCCUUCCGUUUUAAAGGUUAAAGUUUCUAACCUAAGAAUUAAGUACGCGUUCAGGAAGCUGUUGUCUAGGCCCCUUGUGAAUCUGGGUUCAUUCCAAUACGGCAAGUAAGAGUUGGAAACUUUGAGAACACGGACUGUAAUGGCAGCAGCCCAAAUACUGUCAGACUCUAAUUGGCCACCCUGGGAAACAGUUGCCCUGUUAUUCUUUAAAGAAAGACGUUUAUUCUAAUGAAAGCCAGACUGUUUUUAAAGCAUCUGGCAGGAGGCAGAAGGUUGGAUCCAAGCCCUUGUUCCGAUUUGGUGCCUGAUAAGAUGGGGGUUUCUCUUUUUGUGACCUUUAUUAUUAUUUUGUUAACUGUUGUAACCAGUUAGCUGUUGUGUUUUAAAAUAGAAAGGAACCAGACUGAAAUUGUAAAUACUUUGUAAACAUAAGCAUUUGUACUUGAAUAGUAGGAUUUUAAAGGGCAUUGAUAGCCUACCAAACAAAAGGCAAAAUAAAGUGACCUUUUUCUAUA